UAUACUGCAAAAAACACACUUUUUUGAUUUCCAAGAAACACAAACUGAACGGGAAGAAGAGUACUUUCUGGCUCGCAGCUGGGCGGGCUCUUUAACGCACCAAUCACAGAGUAGCUGUUCUCUAUAAAUACCAGGCAUCUGACCUACUCUAGCCCAAUUGUUUUCUUCUGAUUCGUAGGAAACGUCUGCUAGAAUGUCGGAAACUGCGCCUGUUGCCACCCCCGCUGUGUCCGCUCCUGGGGCAAAAACCUCCGCUAAAAAGCCGAAGAAGGCGGCAGGAGGCUCAAAAGCCCGUAAAGUUUCGGGUCCCAGCGUAACCGAGCUGAUCACCAAGGCGGUGUCCGCUUCCAAGGAGCGCAAAGGGCUCUCCUUAGCCGCGCUUAAGAAGGUUCUGGCCGCCGGAGGGUACGAUGUGGAGAAGAACAACAGCCGCAUCAAGUUAGGACUGAAGAGCUUGGUGAGCAAAGGCACCUUGGUACAGACCAAAGGCACCGGCGCUUCUGGGUCUUUCAAACUCAACAAGAAGCCUGGUGAGAUCAAGGAAAAGGCUCCCAAGAAGAAGCCAGCGGCAAAGCCUAAGAAACCAGCUGCCAAGAAACCCGCCAGCGCCGCUAAGAAACCCAAAAAGGCUGCGGCCGUGAAAAAGAGCCCGAAAAAAGCCAAGAAACCAGCGGCUUCCGCGGCAAAGAAAGCGGCCAAGAGCCCGAAAAAGGCCAAACCCGCCAAGCCUAAAAAGGCAGCCAAGAGCCCGGCUAAGGCCAAGGCGGUGAAGCCCAAGGCGGCCAAGCCCAAGCCAACCAAACCCAAAGCAGGAAAGGCUAAGAAGGCAGCGCCCAAGAAGAAGUAAAGCGGCUUGAAAAGGAAAAUAGAGUCUUAACUCGUGCAAACAAACCCAACGGCUCUUUUAAGAGCCACCCACCUUUUCCAAAAGGAGCUGAAACCUUUGUGCGUUCACCGUAACAGCAACAAAUCUUCCCCCUUUGUGACGAAACGUUGAAAUAUUACAAAGUAACUUUUAAAAAGUUACUCUGUCGUUCUGGGGGAAGCGAACUAUCUUGUGGCUACUGUUUCUAAUGGUUCCCCUCCCACUCCUCUUUGGAAGAUUUUCCUCUGUCCCCCGGUAGGUUUUAAGUGGUGCUCAGGUCAUUCUUUGUUCUGCCUACAGCCGGGGGGGGGGGGGGGCUAGGAGAGAUCUAGUGAGGGGACAGAGAGUAAAUGUUUGGCUUUAGAAACAGUUACCUGACUGGCUGCGGGAAGCAGAACUAAAUUGGUGGAGGGUUUGAAAAGCCCGCGCUGUGCAAGGAUUGGUCCGUCUCCCGCCCCGGGGUUUAAAGCCGGGUGUCCUGCCCUGACAUACGUUUAAAAUCUGAACACGUAUAUCUUGAUGGGGAAGGGGCAUGCGAGUCUUCCGUAGUUUUGUUUUCACUGUUGACUAAUACACUGCGUGUUUAGCCUUUAUCUUGUGGUUUUAUUCCCUCUCGCUACCAAUAUCCCCCCAGUGCGUUAGCUGUACCUUCUCCCGCUCAAUGCCUAGGCCCGCCUAGUUAAUAUUAAAAGAUCAAAACCGAUAAUGAUGUUGUGAACCAUCCUGCCAUUUACUAAUUUAAAUUAUUUAUUAAGAGGACAUAUAGGGUGGAGAACCUUAAGAGUACCACGAUUUUAAACACAGAAAUUACGUUUCACUGCACAACUGACUCAUUUGAAGGUCACAUCCACCACACAGACGAUGAAAUCCCUAUAUACAUACGUACAAUAUAGGCGUCCUUUCAGGAGCGCUUUUGGAUCGGUACACGUUUACUGCAUGGCAUAUGCUUUUCACCAACCAGUUUUCACUGUGAUACUCUCGACACAUUUCAUCAGUCGGGAUUUACAACUGUUCAGCGUGCGUUGAGAACUCAACUCCCUUCCCCCCAAAUUUUCCUAAUGCUCAGAGAUGCCGAAAGCAGUCCCUGUACAUUAGCUAUAACUUUCAGAAAGUUAUGAAACUCAGAACAAUAGAAUGUUUUGUUAGCCAUACACAGUAAAUCUAUACUAGGAGCUCUAAUCAAAGCUAUAUAGGGAUUAAACUAAUUUGCUCAUUUCCAACUCUAAAUAUUCAAUAAAAGGCUCUGGGGAGUUCCUCAAAUCAGGAACUGGAGGAAAAUGAAGUGUAAUAAGUCAGUUUAGACUUCAAAUAUCUUGUCCUUAUCCUCACUUACCUGUUUUACAGUAAUUCCAAUACAAUACACACUGCAGACU